AUGAAUUAUAUCCAGGUAUGUUGGCCUGCGGCGUUGUGCUACCACAGUGUCCGUGUAUUCACCACCACAUGCACAGGCGAAGGAACAUACGCUACGGUAUUCAAGGGUCGAUCUAGGACUACCAAUGAGAUUGUGGCUUUAAAGGAGAUCCACCUCGAUGCUGAAGAAGGCACACCAUCUACCGCCAUCCGCGAGAUAUCACUCAUGAAGGAGCUCAAACACGUCAACAUUGUCAGAUUGCACGACGUUAUACACACCGAGACUAAGCUGGUUCUUAUCUUUGAGUAUUGCGAGCAGGACCUCAAGAAGUAUAUGGAUCAACACGGAGAUCGCGGUGCUUUGGACCCCAAUACCGUGCGCAGUUUCAUGUUCCAGCUCCUCAAGGGCACCGCUUUCUGCCAUGAGAACCAAGUUCUUCAUCGAGAUCUAAAACCACAGAAUUUGUUGAUCAAUCGAAAAGGCGAGCUGAAAUUGGGAGAUUUCGGUUUGGCAAGAGCAUUCGGCGUCCCGGUCAACACUUUCUCCAAUGAGGUCGUUACUCUCUGGUAUCGUGCCCCGGAUGUCCUUCUCGGUUCUCGAACCUAUAGCACCUCGAUUGAUGUCUGGUCAUGUGGAUGUAUAUUUGCUGAAAUGAUUUCUGGAAAUCCACUAUUUAGAGGACGAGAUAACCAAGACCAACUGUUGCAUAUCAUGAGAAUAAUUGGAACGCCUUCAGAUGCCCAGUUCCAAAAAAUAUGCAAAGAAACGCCCGAAUUACAAAUCAAACAAUUCCCUCGAUACGCAAAAAUGCCAUUCCAACAGGUUUUACCAAAAGCCUCCCCGCAAGCAAUCGAUCUGCUAGAGAGACUUCUCAAGUUUGAUCCUGCUGAACGCAUUUCCGCCGCGGAGGCAUUAUCACAUCCGUAUUUUACCAGCGCUGUUGCUCCCACGCCCUUCGGACUAAACACCUCACCUGGUUCCAUGGCUCCUCCAUCUUUUAACUUCCCUCACCCUCACGGACAUCAAGCGGCUCAACAAUACCAUCAGCAACAGCAACAACAACAACAACAACAACAGCAGCAGCAGCAGCAGCAUGUUCAACAUCUACCAAUACAGUAUGGUCGUCAACCUGCCAUGCCAAUGUAUAACCAACACCCCCAGGCGCCUGUCCAAGAUCCUAUGGCAGCAGCAGCCCAUGCCGCCCAAGCACAAGCACGAGCGCAUGCGCAAGCCUUGGCUCAAGCCCAAGCUCAAGCACAGUAUGGAAAUGUACAAUUCGCGCCACCACAAAACUACGGGAGAUAG